AUGCCUAUGCCAUCGGAACGGGCACAGAUAUAUGCUGAACCUUGGGCAAGGCAGGCCAAGGACUUGGGCUCGGUCACGGUGAAAGAAGACGACUACUUCAAGACAUCACACUCCGAUUCAUGGUCAACCGCCCGGGUGUUAGGGGACCAACAGUUCGUCACCUGCAUGGUUUGCGGGGAAUAA